CUCCACCCGACCUCAUGGUGCACCGCCGCAGCGUCAGGCUGCUGCUGCUGCUGCUGCGGGAGGCCCGCGGCCGGCGAAGCAGCUGCCGGGGCAUAGGGGCAGUGCUGGUCAGCAGCAUGCGGCUUUAGUUAUGGAGCUCUGCGAGGGGGGCAACCUGGGCGGUCGCAUUCACAAUCCGCACAUGAGGAGGCUGGACUACUUGGAGGUGCUGCAGCUGUCCCGUGACGUGGCGGAGGGCCUGGCGCACCUUCACCGCUUCGGAGUGCUGCACAGGGACCUCAAGCCGGGCAACGUACUGCUAGACAACAAGGGCAGGGCCAAGAUCGCUGACUUUGGCAUCUCACGACUUAGGGACCCCUACCGCUCCUUUGUGAACGUCACGCAGCAGGGAGGCACGCCCAACUACAUGGCUCCGGAGCUGUUCAACGGCACGCGAGUGGAUGAACGUGCUGACCUGUACAGUCUGGGCUGCAUCAUGUACGAGGCCCUCACUCGGCGGGUGCCCUUCGACAAUCUCGCAAAGGGCAACGCACCGGGUGGCGCAGGCGCAGCCGCCGCCGCUGCGGCGGGGGGCGCAGGCGCCGACGCCGGCGGCGGCGGUCUACCCAUGGGCGGCUUGUUUGCGAUAAUCCUAGCGGUCGCUAUUCAGGGCCGCCGGCCGACGCUGCCUGAAUGGGUUCCCAAGGGCCUCGCGGAUCUGAUCAGGGGGUGCUGGGCAGAAGACCCACGGGCCAGGCCCACGGCUGCGCAGGCCCUUGCACGUCUGGAUGCGCUGAUAGCGGAGGAGCGGGCCAGUCGGGCAGCCCGGGCGGCCGCUCGUGGCGGCAGCCGAACCCGGAUCAGCCGGCAUUAUGCAGGCAGCAACAGCAGCGGCCUGGCACCCGUGACGUCAGCUUCGGGCUCCUCAGGUGUCAGCAACACCCAGCACACCGCCAAGGCACCCUCGCCGUCGCCGUCACCCAUGCUGCCCAUGGGCUCCGCUCCGGGCCCCGUGCUGACGCCAGUCGCGCCACUGCCGGCGGCGGCACUGCAACCAGUGGCAUCGUCGCCACCGGCGCAGGUGCUAUCGAUGCCAUUAAAGGGUUCGCGCCAGCCGUCGACACCGCCAGAGGCGUUUCCGUCGCCGGCAGAGGGCAGUGGGUCAAUGCAGCCAUCGGUAACGGGAUCUUCGGCUGGAACGCCGUUAACGGCUUUGGCGGUAGCGGGGCCUCCGUCGUCGACGCCGACGCCCCCACAGCAGCCAUCGCCGCAGCGGCUGAAUCCCUUUGCCCACGCCGGGCAGCUGGGUCUAUCCUUGGCUCAGAUGGCAGCAGCGGUGUUCGGCGUCGUCACUGGCAGCGGCGGCGGUCCCCGUGAACAGGCCGCGGCGGCGCCGGCAGGACCGGC